AUGCCGAGAUUCAAAGACAGUCGAACAUGGGCAAUUAUGUACACAAUUGCAAAAAGUGACCGAUUGUGGUGUCAACAGGGCGGCCUUAAGUUAUAUUCACCGAAACAGUGUCCUGCACAAACACUAGAAUGCUUCAAGUACACUUGUGAUGCGGAGCAAGCGGAAUUUGUCGCACGAGGUUGUGGAGUAUCUCUUCUCACAAGAGCAGCUGGCCUUCCCAACGAAAGUUGCUACCAAGCCAUCUCCGUCUGUGAAAAAGUUGGCGGUAAGGGGACUUGUUUCACGUGUAACGACCAACACAUGUGUAAUCCUGCCCCUGAGCUUCCUCUGUUGAUCGUGGCACUAUUGAUUGUAAUUGUGCGAAUAUGA